AUGGAAGGCUCAGGAGAAUAUGGUGGAUCGGAACGAGAAGUGACAUCUUCACCUGUGAGCAGAUGGGCCAGGCCCAAGUCUGAUUCAGCGAUUCAGAGCAGCUCCAGCAUCCUCCAGGAGUCUGAACCGAGUGAGGCUGGUUUGGGGACUAAAAUCCUGACAAUUGCGGUGAGGAGAAGGUCCGGGAGAGUACCAGGUGUAAAAUUUCAAGAUCUGGGUCUCAUUCCCAAAAUGCCGGUGCAAAUUCCUCAAGACAGCGUCAGAUUACAGGUAAGAUUCCUGAGACCUAGACCCUCUCUUCUGUCUGGGCAGGAUGUCACAUCAGAUACCCUGACCACAUGCCAGGGUAGACAGGGUGAUGCUCGAACCUUCCUCAGGGAUGCAUACGUGAUGUAUGUAUGCACCGCUGCACGGACAUCACAGGCCCCUAAGUCUAAGGUGAUGCCAGAUUAA